UAUUUUGAGGCUUCUCGUGAGCAGCAUAGCUCCAGCGAUGGCAGUGUCGAUCUGUCCACCACUUUGGUUCAAUUUGAAAACACUUGUCAACUGUUUGAUGGAUUUUCAUGAAAUUUUGUACAAGCAUUCAAGGUCCUUAGAUGACGAAUCCUACUGAGUUUCAUGAUCCCCCGACUUUUCCUUUGGCACCACCAUGAGGUUGACAUAUCUUGACAAAUAUCGGGAUGAUUGCCGUCAGUAUUUGGUACGGACAUUUAUUGCUACUGACGUCAACUACACGAAGUAACACACAAUUCUGUGCAGAAAUAAAAAUACAUCACACCCUUCAGAGCAAUUCGAGGAUGUCGGACAACUUAAAGGAAAUGUGAUGACUGCAGGAGAUUCAAGUGAAUGUCCAAUGAGAAUCGACUCAUAAUUGAAGAUAAGCGGGGGAAUUUGUACUUCUAUGAAAACUGCCUUGUCAUAGAUACUUGAGACUCCUCAUUAAAUUUAGAUUUAUUGUAGGUUGCAAGUACAGGUGGGUGUCAAAUUAGAGGAAAAACCUGAGUGACAAGUGCAGAUAUCUAAGUUAUGGAGGAACUUGUGGAGAUGCUUCUACAAGGUUUUAUGAACCCAUCGCUAAUGAUUCAACUGUACUGAAUACCUAUGGGAGAUUUUGGAAGAACAGCACUCACAUCCCUCCAGUAGAGUUCAGAGACUUGAGUAUCCAUGACAAGGAAGCAAUGAAGCUGUUCUGGAGGCUAAAGGUAGAACAACACCACGCUAAGACAGUUUCUGUUGGUUUUUCCAUUAGUUUGUCACCCGUCUGUAUUGUGAACCUUAUUCAGAGGUACUCCUUGUACGGUAUGACGCCUCAGCAGAUAGCGAUAGCUAGGCGUGACACGCUGCUGGAUCUGUCUUCUGCCCUCUAGCCCGCAAACCAUCUUUGUCUGGUUGGUAUGUGCCUGUCCACAGUCCCAUGACCCGCUCCUAGUCUAAAUAUAAACCUCCAAGCAGGGUGUUCCUCUGCUAAGGUCACAUUAUGUCAUCCCAGGCAACAUAUUCUCGAUGAGGUGGCACAGAAGGCGUGAGCAGCAGAGACGUCGAAGGCUUCAUGAUAUCUUGGCUCACAUAAAGAAGUCACCAGGGGUGAUUUGAAAAUGACGUGACGCAACCCGAGCUUGAGACUGAUUAUCUUCUUGUUGAGAGGCCUUGACAGGAGCUAAAUGCUGCUGGAGCUCUGGGUGAUGCAGUCUGAGUAACUCUGAACUUCGCCAAAAUUUUCAUUUCGUGACCAUAAAUUUGUCCUAAACUUGAUGUUGUUUUCCUGAGACCUUUGGCAGACAUGGGUAACGGAAUAAACAAGGUCCUGCCUCAUCUUUAUCUUGGAAAUAUCAAAGAUGCACGAGACAGGGAGCUGUUGGCACAGCACAACAUCACCCACAUCCUGUCGAUCCAUGACACAGCUGCACCCAUCCUGGAGGACAUGACCUACCUUUGUAUAUCUGCUGCUGACCACUCUAAGCAAAACCUGAUUCAGUACUUCAGAGACAGCAUCAUGUUCAUCCACGAGUCCCGACUGAAAGGAGAAGGCUGCCUCGUUCACUGUGUGGCAGGAGUGUCCCGCAGCGUGACUCUGGUGGUGGCCUACAUCAUGACGGUGACGGGUCUCGGCUGGGUGGAGUCUCUGGCGGCGGUGAGGGCAGCGAGGCCAUGUGCGGGGCCCAACCUGGGCUUCCUGAGGCAGCUGGAGGAGUUUGAAAACACAGACCUGACAGAGUAUCGAGCCUGGUGGAAGGACCGGUACGGGAGGAACCAGCUCGAUGACGACGAGGAGAUCAAAGCUCUUUUAAGUCGGAAAUCCAACUGCGGCAGCAACCGUGUACCACCCAGCAUCACUCCUGCGUUGGCCACAAGCAACACCUGAAAAUAACGUCUUCUGCCAGUCUUACUGUCAACUGAAGCAGCUGAGGACUGUGGGCUCCUGCUCGGACCACUACACCCACGAAGACCAGAGCAGCUGUCUGAGAAAACUCUGAGGAUUUCAUGACUGAUCCUGCAGAGAGAAACAGCAGCAGGGACACUUAUCUUAGUAAAUUUAGUAUCGAUAUAGCUUAAAUCUUUUUUCUUUUUUUUGCAGGAUGGCUAAGCAGUCAUGUGAAGGGGGGAUUUUUUUUUUAUGUCAUUAUCUCGAGUCCCCUUCGUCAUGUCAUGUCCUCGCCUCUAACUGUCAAAACAACAUGCAAGGGCAGUCAAGCAUGACACCAAGGAAAUAUGUACAUACAGUCCACAGUGUGAACACACAUUUAGCCGUGUGCACUCCCCCUGCCAGUUAUGUUAUGCUGUGUCUUGUACUUGAAAUAUGAGUAUUACUUUCUAUACACUGUGUGAAAGGUAAAGAAUACUGUAUCUUCCAGUAAAACACUAUCAAAAGAUGAA